GAUAUGUUUUCUGCAUUUGUAGUAAUGACGAUCGGGGCUUCAUUGAUUUAUUGGCACCGCCGUUAAAAAGAAGAGACUGUCCCCACGUGACCGGCUGUACCUACGAAAUCGCCUCCUCCUCCGCCGCCCGGGGGGGCGUAGAGCGCUUCACCCCCCACCCUCCCCGGAGCUCACCUGACGGUCACCCCCCGCCCCCUUCCGCGCCCACGGCUGCCGGCACGGAGCCGCUACGCGGACAUCUCAGCGCAGGGCCGGAGUCGCCGUCGUUGCGAAGAGCAUUCCGCGGGAGGAAGAAGGAGCGCAGAGGCGGGGCGGCCCGUGGGAGGCGACUCUCCUCCUCCUCCUCCUCCUUCUUCACCCUCCUGCAGCCCGGCGGGCCGGCCACUCGCGUGCUAUGUCCAGGAUGUACGUUCGGCGCCGAGUCCCCGAAGCCGACAGAAACGGCGGCGAUCCUAGGGUCGCCGGCAAAAGGAGCUAGGCGAGGCUGUCCGCCGCCGCCGCCGCAUUCUCCUCGGGAGCGCGCGGCGCUCGCACGGCGCUCGCCCCCGCACAGAGCGCGCCGGGCUAUGGGUGCGCACGGCGCGACCGGGACGCCUCGCCCCCCGUGGCCGCUGCUCGUGUUGCUGCUGUGGCUGGCUGCGGGGCCGCCGGGAGUCCAAGGGGAAACCGCGGAACGCACCGAACUGGCGGUCAUGGGCCUCAUGCCCCUGGGCGUGACGGCGGAGACGGGCGAUGACAUCGGGCAGGUGGUGCUGCCCGCCGUGACGCUCGCCGUGCGCCACGUGAACCAGGACGCGUUCCUGCUGCCCGGCUACCGCCUCGGCCUCAAGUGGUACGAUACAGAGUGUGACAAUGCCAAGGGGCUCAAGGCAUUUUUUGAUGCCAUCAAGAAGGGGCCCACGCACCUCAUGAUUUUCGGGGGCGUCUGUCCCUCCGUGACCUCUACGAUCGCCGAGGCCCUGCAAGGAUGGAACCUGGUUCAGCUCUCGUUCGCGGCCACGACCCCCGUGCUGGCGGACAAAAAGAAGUACCCGUACUUCUUCAGGACGGUGCCCUCGGAUAACGCCGUCAACCCGGCCAUCGUGCGCUUCCUUCACCUCAUCAAGUGGACGCGUGUAGGGACCCUGGCACAGGACGUGCAACGCUUUUCUGAGGUCCACAAUGACCUGACCAAGGAGCUGGAGAAGAUGGACAUCGAGGUGGCCGACACGCAGAGUUUUUCCAACGACCCCUGCGCCAACGUACGCAAGCUCAAGGACGCCGACGUGAGGAUUAUUCUGGGACAAUUCGACGAGGAAAUGGCCACCAAGGUGUUCUGCUGCGCCUACCAGGAGUCCAUGUACGGCAGCAAGUACCAGUGGGUGAUCCCGGGCUGGUACAGGGAGCGGUGGUGGGAGCGCACUCGGCCCCCUGAGUGUCCUGAGCGCGGCCUUUUUGAAGCCAUCCAGGGAAACAUCGCGGUCGACUUCAUGCCUCUCAGCACCCGGCCCAUCCAGACAAUCUCUGGGCAGACCCCGCAGCAGUACGAGCACGAGUACAAGCGGCUGCGGCGGGAGUUGGGCGGCGCCGAGGCGGCCACGGCCGGCGCGUCGCCCCACAGCAAGUUCCACGGCUACGCGUACGACGGCGUGUGGGUGAUGGCGCAGGCGCUCCACCGCUCCAUCGGCCUGCAGCGCGCCUCCAGGGAGCCCAACGCCUCCAUCGAGGCCUUCGGCUACGACAACGCGCACCUGGGCCGCACCAUCCUGCGCGCCAUGAACGAGACAAACUUCCAGGGUGUCACUGGGCAGGUUAUCUUCAGGAACGGGGAGAGGCUGGGCACCAUCGAGUUCACCCAGUUUCAAAAUGGGCAAAGAGUGAAGGUGGGCGAGUACAACGCCGUCGCCGACCAACUGGAGCUCAAUAGAACGAUCCUCUUUCAAGGUGCGACGCCACCGCGGGACCACACCUUCGUGGUGAGCAAGCGGCGCGAGGUCUCCUUGCUGCUCUACAGCAUCCUGGCGAUGCUCACCUGCCUCGGCAUGCUCAUGGCCUCCACCUUCCUCUUCUUCAACAUCAAGAACCGCAACCACAAGCUCAUUAAGAUGUCGAGCCCCUACAUGAACAACCUGAUCAUCCUGGGGGGCAUGUUCUCCUACAUGACCAUCUUCCUCUUCGGCCUGGACGGGGCCCUCGUGUCCCCGGGCACCUUCGAGAGAGUGUGCACCGUCCGCACGUGGUUCCUCACCGUGGGCUACACUACGGCCUUCGGGGCGAUGUUCGCCAAGACGUGGCGCGUCCACGCCAUCUUCAAGAACGUCAAGAUGAAGAAGAAGAUCAUCAAAGACCAAAAGUUGUUUGGCAUCGUGGGCGGCAUGCUGCUCAUUGACCUGGUCAUCCUCAUCUCCUGGCAAGUGCUGGACCCCCUGAAGCGCAUUGUGAAUGACUACCCCAGGGAGCAUCCCGAGGGCGGGGAGGACUUCACAAUCCUUCCCCAGCUGGAGCACUGCGAAAGCACUCACAUGACCAUAUGGCUCAGCAUCGUCUACGCCUACAAGGGCCUCCUCAUGGUGUUCGGCUGCUUCCUGGCAUGGGAGACGCGGAACGUGUCGAUCCCGGCGCUCAACGACAGCAAGUACAUCGGCAUGAGCGUCUACAACGUGGGCAUCAUGUGCAUCAUCGGGGCGGCCGUCUCCUUCCUGACGCGCGACCAGCCCAACGUGCAGUACUGCACCGUCGCCCUCGUCACCAUCUUCUCCUCCACCAUCACCCUCUGCCUCGUUUUCAUGCCCAAGCUGAUCGCCAUGCGCACGAACCCGGACGCGGCCACGCGCAACCGGCGCUUCCGCUUCACGCAGGCGCAGAAGCGCGAGGACGCGCGUACGCCGCCCUCCGUGUCCAGCGUCAACCACAGCUCGAGCGGCCGCCUCGAGGGGCUGCAGGCUGAGAACCAGCGCCUGCGCAUGUACAUCACUCAGCUGGAUUCUGAGCUCGAGCACAUCACCAUGGAGAUGCAGGAGAGCCCGGAGAAAGCCCCGGGCCCGUGGGGAAACGCAAACUACGCGAACGCAGCCGCCGGCUACGGGGUCAGCGCUCAGCGACCUCUGCUGCAGGACGGCGUGAACCCCAGCAACGCGCGGAACCACACGGGCGGCCAGAGGGAGGAGCAGCGACCGUGCGGCAUCACCAACCCCUCCCUGGACGAGCGCGGCGCCGGCGGUACCGGCGGCGGCGGCGGCGGCGGCAUCGCCAUCGUCCUGCCUGGCUCGGAGGACCCGGCCGGCGCACAGUCGCCCGACAGAUGCCACAGGCGGCUCUCCAUCCAGCUGCCCAUCCUGCACCACGCGUACUUCCCCACGGUGGGCGGCGCCGACCCGGGCGACCCGGUGCCCUGCUGCAGCCGCGCGCCGGCACACGCCGCCGUCCAGGCGCGACCCCCGCCGCUGAAGGUCAUGGUCACGGGGUUGUGAGAGACGCCAAGUGGCAGGGAGCGGAGGAGGCGGGGGAGGGGAGCAACAGCCAGGCGCGGGGCGGAGGGGUUAAGCGAGCCGAGUAAAGAAAAGCCACGAGCGGACGACUUUGAAGGAUGCCUGCUGCCCCCCGCCCCGCUCCCCCCCCCCCCCCGGGGAUGGGACUUGAACCUGGACAAAGGGGAACUCGUCGAACUUUUGCUCCAGACGUUUUUUGGCAUGGGCACAGAAGAGACCGCCUUCAUGGCAGUUAUUUAUUUAUUCCUUCAUUAACCCCCAAUCGCUGUUUAUUUUUGCGUCGGUAAGUCUCGAAUCAAAACGACCAGGGGGGGGGGGGGUUCCGUUGAUGUUGUUCGCGUCUUCUUGAAGAGGGUUUCGAGAGUUGUUUAAGAGGCCGCCAUCGUGAGUUGUAGGCGACCCCCUCGGUGGUGAAUUGCUCUUCAAGGGGACAAUCGCAGUGUUUUCAGCCACUUUUACCUACAAUUAUUUUCUACAUCCACGCGGCACCAAAAGCGCAUUUCAAAAAUGCAAUAUUUCCACCGAAUAGGUUUUUUUGUAAAAAGGAAUCAUUUGUAGGAUAGCCACAGCAACAUUUUCACGCACGCGCAAUCCGUCAGCGGGGUAACUCACGACCGCGAGACACUGCGCUGGCAGCCGAGAUCUCAUGACGAGCUUUUAUAUAUUUGUAACGAUUCAAAACAUGCCCCGAUAUCGGGCGACAUUAAUAGGCUCGGCGGGGAAAACGCCUCCCUCGUGCCGCGCUCAUCAUCAAGGUGGCUUCAAUCUGCGAAGGAUCCACGCCCGCCCAAUUGCUUGGCGUGUGGCACCCGUGAACCGAUAACCGAAUCAAUCGUGGAAGGGGCGGUGGGGGUCACUUCAAGGCAAUGUGCGACACUCACCUGAUCUCAGGUGAUCUCAGGUGAAAUCACCUGAACUCACCUGAUCUCACCUGAGCUCAGAUGAGAUCACCUGAACUCACCUGAUCUCACCUGAGCUCAGGUGAGAUCACCUGAGAUCACCUGAACUCACCUGAUCUCACCUGAGCUCACCUGAGCGCUUACGCUUUGCGUCCACACGGUGGUGCCAACGCGCCGCUUGCCCGGACCGAAUGAAGGAGACGCCGGCGACGAAGGCAGCGCUUGCCCACAGCGACGUUUGCCCACGGUCCUCCUUGUGGCCGCGGGGCGACUUUGCGCGCGCGUUUCUUCCUCAAAGGGGCAAUCGCCAGUCCACGCGCGGCGAGCAUCACCGAGGCCGCGAGGUUCCCGGCGCUCCGCAGCCCCCGAGGCGUCCGGCUCGCGCAACCAACAGCCGCCCGCGCCUGCAAAACGCCGUUCCGACGACACGUGCGCGGUCCACGGGGCGUUUUCGUUUUGUACGAACGCCGGCGUGCGGUGCGAACCCCCUGGGCAAGCAGCACAGUGUUACGAGCCGAUGCCGCUUUGAGCCAAUUAACCCCGGGGCCACGGUGCGCGCAAUGUGUCAACUGCAUGGUCGCUUUUGGGAACCGUUUUGUACUGUAAUGAAGUGGAUGUACAGAUUAAACCACCUAGCUCUCUAUGAA